AUGGCGGUCAGACGUUUCUCAAAUAGUUCCCGGAAAGUUAUAAAGUUUCCUAAUAUUAUCUGUGUGAUACUUGUAAUAUCGCAUUGGAGAUGUCUUUUAAUCACACCAAGUCAUGAUCUUGCACCAUCUGCAACGCUAGGAACUCUGGCUGACUGGACAGAUAUCAACUCUUCGAAAAGCAUUAGCAAAUUGGCCAGCCGCCAUCUUGGUUCAUUAUCGUGUUGCCGACGUUGCAUUAAUACCUGUACACAAUUUCGUCGCAAGGGCUUUUUUAGGCCUGUAGCGUAUUACUCCAAUUCGAAUGCGAUUUUUCGACCGGAGCUGUUAAUCAUUUGCGGUGAUGUCGAUGUAAAUCCAGGACCUGUGAGUAAACGAAAGCAAGCAAGGUCUACUGCUCCAACGUGUCCUGUUUGUGAGAAAGCAGUUGCAAAAAAUCAUAAACGCUUUAUCUGUUGGAUAUGUCACGAUAUGAUGCAUGUUAAAUGUUCAAACUCUAUGGCUGAUUUUCGAACUUUCUCUGCUUCAUCGCCCGUUUCGUGGACUUGUAAUCGAUGUGCUUUCGCAUCAUUACCAUCUCUCAACGACAGCUCACAAGAUUCUCAUUUUGGCGUUCUUGAAGGAGAAGAAGGGGACUCUAGUUUGCUUUCUUCUUUAUCGCCCACCCCAGUCGAAUGGUAUAAAGAAAAUAUUAAAGGCUAUUACAAGAAAAAUCUCUCGAUUGGCCACCUUAACACAAACAGUAUCAUUGGCAAAAUAGAUGAGAUUUUGGAUCUACUAAACGAAUGCCGUUUUGACAUUCUCUUUAUCUCUGACACGAAGAUUGACAAGUCUGUUUCCACAAAGUUAUUAUCCAACCCACAUUACCGUGUCAUCAGGAAUGAUAGAAAAAGGGGUGCCGGUGGUCUAUUAGCUUAUAUUCACAAUUCUUUAACUGCGAGAAGACGACUCAAGCUUGAACCAACUGGUGUAGAAUCUAUUUGCCUCAACGUAAAGGGGAAUACAAAUACAUGGUUUUUCGUUUGUGCCUUUUAUCGCUCUCCAAGUAAGUGUAAAGUCACUGACUUCAUCUCUGCCUGUUCUACUGCUGCAGAAAACAUGCUAAAAAUCAGGAAUGAAAUUGUAUUUAUUGGAGAUUUUAAUUUUGAUAUGAUGGACCAUGUUGAUGGGAAUUUGCAUAAUACGAAUAAUCCUUUGGCUGAUUUCUGCGAUCGCUAUUGUCUCUCGAAUACAAUAACUGAACCAACAAGGGUUACUAACACAAGUGAAACCCUAAUUGAUGUGAUCCUAGUUAAUCGAACUGAGCGAUGGACAAAGAGUGGCACGCUGAAAAUUGGAAUAAGUGAUCACGAUCUUGUAUACAUUGUGAGAAAACUACGCCUACCGAAAUCGAAAGUGCAAACGAUUGAGUCCAGAAGUAUGAAGAAAUUUAAUGAAGCCUCUUUUUGUUGUGAUUUAUCUACUGCUCCAUGGGACAGUGCCUUUGUUUAUGACGAUAUUAAUGAUGUCUGGAACCACUGGUCAAAGCUCUACAAAGACAUAAUAGACAAACAUGCGCCUUUUGUGAAAAAAAGGGUUCACGCAAACCAACUUCCGUGGAUCAAUGUCCAAAUAAAAAGAGCAAUUCGACUGAGAAACAAACUAUACCGCAAAUAUCGCCUUAGUCGGAAUGACGAAACUUGGGAAAGUUAUAGAGUACAAAGGAACUUAGUUACCAAACUUAAGCGAAUAUCUAUUAAACGGUUCUUUUUACACUCUUCGGUUAACACGACAACUCCUGGAGAUUUUUGGAAGCGGGUAAAGCCUCUUCUACCGUCUUCUGGACAAGAUAACAGCGAUGGCACAUGCAUAAUGGAUAGGGGUGCAGUUGUAAGUGAUCCAUCCAAUCUUUUCAAUGAACACUUCUCUUCACCUGUUCUUGAUCGAGCUGUUUUGACUAAUUCUGUUGAAGAUUUCGAACAUCAUCCGGGUGUGACUUCAAUCUCGUCGCGCAAUUUCAAUCUUGGUUUUUCAUUUCAACCUGUCAGUACGGAAUACAUUGGUAAAUUGCUCACUGGCCUUAAAACAAACAAGUCUUGUGGACCUGACAAUAUCUCUCUCAUGAUUCUUAAGCUAUCUGCAUCAACAAUCAAAGGGCCUCUGACUAAGCUCCUUAAUUACAGCCUUACUAACUCAACGUGGCCACAGGAAUGGAAAUUAAGUAAUGUUACUCCAGUCUAUAAAAAGGAUGAUAGCUCUCUUGUGGAAAACUACAGACCAAUCAGUAUCUUGUCGUCCAUUCCCAAGAUUCUUGAGAAAGUUAUGUAUGAUCAGCUCUAUGAUACUUUCAAGACUCACUUCUCUCUCAAUAUGUCUGGAUUCUUAAGUGGGCACUCAUGUUGCACUGCUCUUCUAAAAAUGGUUGACGACUGGAGACUAGCCCUGGAUUCUAAGAAAGUCACUGGAACUAUUGCCAUUGACCUUUCCAAAGCAUUUGACUCUGUGUGUCACAACCUACUCCUAGCCAAGUUGCGUGCUUAUGGUUUGAAUGAUGAUGCCCUCAGAUUCGUACAGUCAUACUUGACCGAGCGACAGCAAAGAGUUAAAUAUAAUUGCAAACUCUCUGAUUGGCUUCCCGUUCAAUGUGGUGUGCCUCAAGUUGACAUUGUCGCACUGAUUCACUACUACUGGUGCUACAUUGGUUACAAAAUCCCUGCCUUCAUCGCUGACAUGGGAUCCUUUUGUUCUGGGCAAAGACCAAGAAUGAAUAAGUUAUAUGGCAAGCUGGACAGGGCAACCACGAGCUUGAUCUUCUUCACUUCCAGAGGCUGGGAGAUUGCGGAACAUCCGUUGGUCUAUGUACUUCUGUUUGUUCUUGUUUUCGUCAUGGCUCAUUAUCAAGAGGUUCCCGGCCGCACAGACCGCUUGGGCCUAGUGCUUAUCCGGUGUUCACAAGCUGGCGAUGGCUCUGGAACCGUUCAAGCUCUCUAA